GUGUAAACUGUCAAAGUUGUCACAAAAUUGUGAGAGAAAUUGAAACACAUCCCCUUGCGAUUUUUCUCAUUUUAUUUCCCAAAUUAUUACACAAAAAAGGUGGUUUUAAAUGUAGUCAAUUGCCGUGAAUGUGAGUGAGACAGUUUUUGUUGUAGGCCAAACAAUUUUCCCAUCAACGAACAUUUGGAGAAGAGAAAGUUUUCCCGUGUGAAAUGUCAACAUCGGAGCACUAAAACAAUUUUUGACACCACCCACGGAUGGAGUCGAAGAAUCUUGCUCACGAGAACUUCAAAUACCCCGACGCGGUAUCGGUGAACUUCAACGGAGUCACCACACUCAUGGAGCUGUCGCCGGACACCCCGUCCGGGCAGGAGAGGCUCCACGGUAGCCCGGCGCGGAAGAAGAUGAAAAAGUCGAAGAAAGUGCUGAAGAAUGAAUCCCCAGAGAGAAAACAGAGGACUGAUACAGGCAAUAAGAAUUCCAAUUUUCACAUUUUCGACAAACUGAGGGAGCUCUAUAUGGAACUAUCAGCAGAGGAUGUGGACUUUCAGCACACCAACCUCGGAGCGAAGACAUCCUUUUUGCUGGACAAGCUAGUCGCGAAGGAGAACCUCAAUACGUUGAUAUUGAAUCUCUAUCCGGGCAAUAAGGGGUACUCGCUGGCAUUCAAGGGGGACGUGGAGGUGAUCGAUGUGGCCAAUCACAUGAUGGACUGCAAUCCGCAGACGCGGAAAGCCCUGGCAGCGCCCAAGGAAAAGAUUCAGGAAACAAUACGGUGGCCUUAUGAGGAGGAGGAUCUCCUCGAGUGUAUCGACAAUGAGACACUGCCCCUCGUGCUUGUCGACCUCUUUCAAACCAAGUGUCCUAAUCUCUUCUACUCUGGAUGUGUGAUCGUCGAGGUGCGCGACUACCGGCAAUCCUUUCCCAUCUACACAUGUGAUACAUAUCAUGUGCUCCUGCGGCCCACCAAUCAAACCCUCAUUGCUGACGUGAAUAGCCUCACAAGUGUGGGGCAGUGGACGCAUGAGGAGAAGCUGGCACUUGAGAGUCAACUUGUGUUGGCAACAGCUGAACCACUGUGUCUCGAUCCGAAUCCCGCCAUUGGGAUACAUGUGAUCAAUAGCCAGCACCAACGGCGAAUGUUCAAUACGAAGGAUAUUAGGCGCAAGACGAAAAAGUUCACGCAGGUAUCGAUUAAUCGUAAACGGAAAACCGAUCAGUUUACCCAUCACUAUGGGUUGGAUCUCUAUGACUACAUGUCGCGCUUCCGGCAGAGGUCGCGACAUAUGAAAGUUACACCAAGUACGACAACGUCCGCCAAUGCUCUCAGCUCAAGCUCCUUCACCAACUCCAUGGCAUUCCGGUUGCAUCAGCAGCAGAAGAAGACAGCCGAUGGGAUGAGUAGUGCUGUCCAACAGCCACCUGUACCCUCACCCUACCUCGGCUUUCCACCACUCACACCGCCGGCGGAGGUCAAUGUGCACAAAUUCGCACGCGCCUACGAACGCCCCAAGGAGACCAAGGAUUGCAUGCCGCAACUCAUUGAGCAGUACAUCCUGGAGACGGAUCACAUGGAGACAAAUCAACGUGGCCGAGUGUACUACAUAAAGCUCUCAAUCUUCCAACGUCCAGCCAAUAAUGAGUACUUGGGGGAGUUGUAUGUGGAUAAGGACUACCGUGAAGAUGUGCGCAAUGGGGAAGCGUGCCAAUUCACCCUUGGUACGCGUGCCAAUGCCAAUAAAUAUAUCCAACAAUUUUCGGAAAUCAUCACAGAGGAAGGAAGGUUGCGUGUCAAAAUUACGCAUCUUGUUCCCGGACAACCGCCAAGGGUCACAUGCACGGCGGGAGUUCAGGAAACUCCAAUAAACCACCGGCAGCCGCAGCAGCAGCAGCAGCAGCAACUACAGCAACAACUGCAGCAGCAGCAGCAGCCACAACAGACAAUCACACAAUUCCCACCGGCAACGUAUGCAAAUGAUGGUGGAAGUGGGAAUGCAACUGAGCAACCAGCACCGGUACCGCAACAAUUGCCAGCAGCACCAGUAAUGACACCCCAACAGGUGUCGCAACAACAACUACCAACGGCAGCUCCAUCUGGCUCAAUAAUGGUAUUCCAGCAACCUGGUGGUGUUUCGAACUUCCUGCCAAUACGACAGAAUAUUCUGCCCAGUGAAAUGGGGGUUUCACUGCAGGGGCGCACACACCAGGUGGUGCCAAUUGCAGCAAAGCCCACCCUUGCAAAUCCCACAAUUAAUGCAAUUGUGACGAAUCUCAUAAGUUCAUCAGAGGCGUCACAGGGUACAGUUGGGGGUGAAUUGUACGGGCAGAGCCCGAGUAAAUCAUCAAAUAACUCCACAAUAAUAAAUCUCCUCAAUUCAGCUCCCGCCGCAAUGAAUAUCUCAAAUGUGAAUAGUUUUCUAUCACCGCCGGCGUACAAGGAGCUAACGGGGGCCCCUGAUGGUGCUGAGAAGCACAAACAGCCGGGCACAAAGGUGGCCCCCGUGAAGGUGGAGAAGGAUAUUAAUUCACUACAUCAGCAACACAUUAAACUCCAGGCGCAUCCAAUUCCAUCGACGCUUGUUAGUCAACUUGUCUCCCCACCAUUGACGGUUACAACGUCAGAGUUGGAUUUGAAGAGAACCCCAACGGCUGUAGCUAUUGCCGGUGGGGCAACACUCAAGCGUCCGGCACAGCAGCAGCUACUAAUUGCGAGUAAUUCAUGUAAUAAAAUCAGCCUGAAGCCACAGCCGAAUCAUGGGCCGCAAAAAAUCUCAAAACUAAGUUUUCCGGUGACGGAAUUAACGGGACUCCUGACAACCCCGGCGACACCACAGGAAAUCCCCGCGACUGUGGCAUUUGCACAACCGAAACAAUUUGUAACGGGGGACAUACAACUCACUGCCCGGAAUCUCCAUCAGAGCCUCCAGUCACCACCAACGGCAUCCCCGCUUGUUAGUAGUCCAUCCACAUUGCCACAGCAGACGACUACGACGCUCAAUUUGCAGGGGAUAAGUUUGUCCAGCCUCCAGAAUGCCAUGGCCACAAUCCCGGGGACCUUUCAGAAUGUCCAAAUUCAAAUCCCAGGGCUGGCACAAUCACUCUCCCUGCCAAUUGGUGGUGCUGGCACAACCUUUGCCACAUCCACGAGUCAAGCCACGGGACUCCUUGUUAAUACGGUGCACUCUGGGACACUAAGCAGUAUUCCCGGAUCUGGGACACAGACGGUCGUCCUUACAAACUCCGCCACCGAUUCUGGGGCUUCCAUGCUAUCUCUACCUGUGGCUCAUGUUGUCACCACCGGCCUCAAGGGCAUCAAUCACCCCAAUCUGCGUUCCAAUUUAGCCGCAACGGCAAGUACGAGCGGCCAGACUGUCACGAAUGCCGCCGCACCAUCAAUUCAGCUAUUUAGUACACUCAUGCAGAGCGGCGUACCACUAUCCCUGGCGCCGGCGGGUACGGCAACAGUCAAACAGAAGCCAAUCAUUAUCUCAGAGCAACAAGCAACAGUAGCGCAGCAGAAGCAGCAGGUACUCAAUUCCGUGAAGAAAAUUGCAACAACUUCUAAUGCUCUACAUGCGAAUGCCAUCCAGCAAGCCAGCAUCAAUGCUGGUCAACUGGUGCUGCCGGCACAAAAUUUGCAGCUUAAAUUCCACAAACAGCCAACGGUUGCGGCAUUCGAUGCCGGUGGUGGGAACCAGCAGCAGAUGGUGGUGUCCCCCGUGGCGCAGGGUGUCCCAAAGAGCGACGACCAGGCAGCUGGGCAGCCAACGUUCGAGGAGAUUUACCCAAAUUUAUAAUAUUCAGCUGAUGCAACUCAUUUCACGUGUCAGAUGAGGAUUGUGCUGCUGGAGUGAUGCCGCUCGACGUGGGGGACACGAUGCGAUGGAAGAGGGGAUGCCUGAGCUGGUGGAUGCGUAGGUGGUGCGCACAUACAGGGUGCCACCGUCGUACCACCCGCAACUGCGUGUGUGUGUAUGUGUGAGAGUAUGCGAGAAAAAUGAGAGAUGGGAGAGAGAGAGAAAGAGAAAAUAAAGAGAAAUUUUCAAUGUUGA